GUAUCCACAACAUUAAACUUUAGAUAUCAACUGCAUUAACUUAUUGUAACUUAUAUUCUCAACUUGAUAUUGAUUUCGGUCUAUAAUUUAGUAAAUUCGUAUUUUUACAACGAACGUAAUAUAAUGGUUAAAAUAGCAGUUAUUGGUGGCGGUAUUAACGGUUUUAGUAGUGCGGUUAAAAUUAAGGAAAAAUUUAAGGAUGCUCAAGUAGUAUUAUUUUCGGACGAGUUCUCCCCAAACACGACAGGCGAUGGAUCUGGAGGGUUGUGGUAUCCGUAUCUUUGUAGCAACACACCGGAACACUUACUCAUAAAAUGGGGGAUAGAAACGUAUCAAUUCGUACAUGGAUUGUGGCGUAAAGGUGGGCAUGACAUCAACUUAAUGCCAAUGUAUUCACUAUAUAAAAAUAAGGAGAGAUUCAUUCGGCCCAAGUGGGCUAGUAUGGUAUUCGGUUACCACGAACUCGAAGAGAAGCAGUUGAGGUAUCUUGGCGAAUUGUAUUCCUCUGCGUACAGUGCCGGGGAAACUUUCUCUACAUUUGUACUGCUGCCACCUUCAAUGAUUAAAUAUAUGGAAACUCGUUUCAAGAACGCCAACGGCAAUGUAAUCAAUGCUCGGGUGGGCUCGCUUCACGACGUCAUACUUCGCGACUAUGACGUUAUAAUUAAUUGCACCGGUUUGGGAUCAAGAGACAUGGUGCCUGAUGACGCAGUUUUUCCGAUAAGAGGACAAAUUGCCAAGGUCGUGGCGCCGUGGGUUAACCAAACAAUAAUGGACGACGACCGUGAAAAUUACAUCAUACCCAAUGUAAACAUGUGUGUAUUAGGAGGGACACAUCAGGAGCACGAUUACAACAGGCAAGUCGAUGAAAAAGACAAGGAAAUGAUUCUGAAUGGUUGUCAAGCGAUACUACCCUCGUUGAAGAAUGCUCAGUUGGUGAAUCACUGGGUGGGAUUGAGACCCGGCAGGAGCGAAAUAAGACUCGAACCAGAGGUGAUAGACGGUAAACUGUACAUACACAAUUACGGGCACGGUGGUAGCGGCUUUACCUUAUUCUGGGGCUGUGCGACCAAUGUUGUGGACUUACUUGAAAAAUAUUUAAAUAAAAGUCAAUCAAAACUUUAACAAAUAUAUUUGUGUAAUAAUAUUAAAAAAAUAGAAUUGCAAGUUUUAAAUCUUACAAAUACCUUAAUGUGUCGUUUUUAUGUUAAGUAAUAUUUAAACAAUAAAUUGAUCCCUUGUAAAAGAGUCAUGAAGAAAAGGGUGCAUUUGUAAUAUUUUUAAUAUGUUUCUUAAUGUCUUUCUAUACAUUUAUUUAAAAUAAAAUCAUAUUAUUUACAGUUUAGAUUUUUUGACUCAACUAUCGAUUUAAUAUGGGAACUCUAUUCUUUUUUAACCAACUGUCAAAAAAACGGCGAUAAUGUCUUUUAGAAUAUAAUAUAUACGAAAGUUUUUGAUGAAGUAAAUUAAGGGAUUACAUUAUAUAUGUAUGUCUCCUCAUUUUAUACCAAACAUUUUCAUCAUUAAAGAGAAUUGUGUAAAUUAUACAGUUUACACGAUAGUAGCAUUAAAUAAAUAUGGCGUCGAAAAUUUUUU